AUGUCCGACGACGACGAUUUCAUGCAGGACUCUGACCAGGAGGACUACGACUUUGAGUACGAAGACGAAGAUGAGGACCAGGGCGGCGAUGUCGACAUCGAAAACAAGUACUACAACGCCAAGCAAUUGAAGGUCGACAACCCCGAGGAAGCCAUCGACGAGUUCCUUGGUGUUCCUGCACUUGAAGAGGAGAAAGGAGACUGGGGAUUCAAAGGAUUGAAACAGGCCAUUAAGCUCGAGUUCAAGCUACGCCGCUAUGAUCAAGCCGUUGAGCACUACCAGGAACUGCUCACCUAUGUCAAGUCAGCCGUCACCCGUAACUACUCGGAAAAGUCCAUCAACAACAUGCUCGACUUCAUCGAGAAGAACGCAGAAGACGAGGCCGCCAACAAGUGCAUGGAGCAGUUCUAUUCCAAGACGCUCGACUCCUUCCAGAGUACAAAUAACGAGCGUCUCUGGCUCAAGACAAACACAAAGCUGGCCCGUCUCUGGCUCGAUCAGAAGGACUACCGUCGCCUGACGGACAAGGUGCGCGAACUACACAAGGCCUGUCAGCUCGAAGAUGGCUCCGACGACCCCAGCAAGGGCACAUAUUCGCUCGAAGUCUACGCUCUAGAAAUCCUCAUGUAUGCCGAAACUCGCAACAACAAGCGCCUCAAGGCUCUCUACCAACGUGCACUCAAGGUCAGAUCGGCCGUGCCUCAUCCCAAAAUUAUGGGCAUCAUCCGAGAGUGUGGUGGCAAGAUGCAUAUGAGCGAAGAGAACUGGAAAGAGGCUCAGUCCGACUUCUUCGAGUCUUUCCGCAAUUACGACGAGGCCGGUUCAUUGCAGAGAAUCCAAGUGCUCAAGUAUCUCGUUCUGACGACCAUGCUGAUGGGCUCCGAUAUCAACCCCUUUGAUUCGCAGGAGACCAAGCCAUACAAGAACGAUCCUCGUAUUGCUGCCAUGACCGAGCUGGUCGACGCUUACCAGCGAGACGACAUUCACCGGUACGAGUCAAUCCUGCAGAAGAACAAGGAUCUGCUGGCCGACCCCUUCAUUGCCGAGAACAUUGACGAAGUCACGCGAAACAUGCGCACAAAGGCCGUUGUGAAGCUGGUCGCCCCUUACACGCGUUUCCGCCUCUCUUUCAUCGCCAAGCAGCUGAACAUCUCCAUCCCAGAGGUUCAAGACAUCGUAGGCUUCCUGAUUAUGGAUCAAAAGCUCCACGGUAAGAUCAACCAAGAAGCCGGAACCGUCGAGAUCGAAAGCAGGGCAGACUUGGAUCGCAUGCACGCAGUCGCCGACUGGACUUCGGCCGUGCGUUCGUUGGCUGCAUUCGUCCUGAACGACGGUGAGGGUUUCAAGGGUGACGAUGGGGCGCCAUCCAUGGCGAAUCCCGAGGCGUACUUUUCGCCCUCCGCGCAUCGUACCAACAUGCCUGCUGGAAAGCGCAGACUUCAGUCCCGGGUCCCAGGUUGA